AUGAAGAGGACAGGUGAAUGCAUCUCAGUUUUUAAUUUUUUUCUACUUUUGCCUUUCCAGAGACUUAAAUCAAUUAUCUCUGUCUUUCCUCUGUAAUAAAAAUGGCAUUCCAGUCUGAAUCUCUUCUCCAAAGCACAGAGUCACAGUAAUAGGAUUUAUUAUUUUCAUUAUACUAGUGCAACUGUGUUAAAGUACUUGUACUCUAAGGUGUAAUGAGUGGUUUGGGAUCUUAAUCCAACAAUACUGUCCCUCUGAGUAAAGAUACUUGGGUAUUUUUAAUGGGUUGGAGGUGGGGUGGCAAAAAUACUGAUGGUAAUCACAUAUUUUUAUAUAGGUUAUUCAUUUCAAUAAGCCCUUUGUUUGAAAGUUUUUCAGGUGUUGAAUGGGUUUUUGGGGCUUUUUUUGACAGGGAGAGAGAAUUGCCCCAGCAGAAGGAGCAAAGGGCUUAGUGGUAAUGGGUGCUACCUGUGAUGGAUGAGAGCUGAACCCCUGCUUUCCCGUGGCCAGCAGGACCAGAGCUGCUGCUGGGAGAGGUCCAAGUUGCCCAGGCUGCUUGUUGGCUCUCACAGGUUGUCUGUUUGGUACAGUGACAGGCAAUGGCACAAGUUAAAAUGCAGACUACAGCAAACCUAUCUGGACCCACCAUGGCCCCUGUGGUGCUACCCCUGCCAGUUACAGCUACAAAUACCCUGAGUCUGCCAUCCUCAAUGAAUGGAUCCAUUUCAGAAUCGGCUGCCAGCUGUAGCAGUCCUACUGCCAGCCUUGUGGAUCCCACAUCUUUGAACAACUCACCAGCUCCUCUCCAAGAUAACAUGGCAAACCCCAAAGAGAAAACUCCAAUGUGUCUGGUAAAUGAGUUAGCCCGUUUCAAUAGAAUUCAACCCCAGUAUAAGCUUCUGAAUGAAAGAGGGCCUGCUCAUGCCAAGAUGUUCACAGUGCAGCUGACUCUUGGAGAACAGACAUGGGAAGCUGAAGGAAGCAGUAUUAAAAAGGCCCAACAUGCUGCUGCUAGCAAAGCAUUGAAUGAAACUACCCUUCCCAAACCAACGCCUAGACCACCCAAAAACAAUGUAAACAAUAAUCCAGGCAGUAUAACACCGACUGUGGAGCUGAAUGGUCUGGCAAUGAAAAGAGGAGAGCCUGCCAUCUACAGGCCAUUAGAUCCAAAGCCAAUUCCCAAUUACAGAGCAAAUUAUAAUUUCCGGGGCAUGUACAAUCAGAGGUAUCACUGCCCAGUGCCUAAAAUUUUCUAUGUCCAGUUAACUGUUGGCAACAGUGAGUUUUUUGGUGAAGGAAAGACUCGUCAAGCUGCUAGACAUAAUGCUGCAAUGAAGGCCCUUCAAGCUCUUCAGAAUGAGCCUAUUCCAGAAAAAUUACCUCAGAAUGGAGAAACAGGAAAAGAAUCAGAAGAAGAUAAAGAUGCAAACAAAUCUGAGAUCAGCGUAGUGUUUGAAAUUGCUUUGAAGCGUAAUAUACCUGUCACUUUCGAGGUGAUUAAAGAAAGUGGACCUCCUCACAUGAAGAGCUUUGUUACACGAGUUACAGUGGGAGAGUUCACUGCAGAGGGAGAAGGCAACAGUAAGAAACUCUCAAAGAAACGUGCUGCAAUGGCUGUCCUGCAAGAACUUAAGAAACUUCCUCCUCUUCCUGUGAUUGAAAAGCCAAAACUUUACUUUAAAAAGCGUCCAAAAACAAUAUUGAAGACUGGACCAGAAUAUGGUCAAGGAAUGAAUCCCAUCAGCCGUUUGGCUCAGAUCCAACAGGCCAAAAAGGAGAAGGAGCCAGAGUAUGUUCUUCUUUCAGAGAGAGGAAUGCCUCGCCGUCGAGAAUUUGUUAUGCAGGUAAAAGUAGGCAAUGACAUUACUACUGGAACAGGUCCAAACAAGAAAAUAGCUAAAAGAAAUGCAGCAGAAGCAAUGUUGCUACAGCUGGGAUACAAAGCCUCUACUCCUCUUCAAGACCAGACAGAAAAGCUUGGAGAAAACAAAAGUUGGAAUGGCCAAAAUGUUGGGUUUCCUGAGCCCACAAGUAACACACCAAAGGGAAUACUCCAUCUCUCUCCUGAUGUAUAUCAAGAGAUGGAAGCAAGCCGCAACAAAUCAGCCCCUGGUACCACUGUAAGCUAUUUGUCAUCCAAAGAAAUGAGCCAGACUUCUAGCUCUUUCUUCAGCAUAUCUCCUACAACAAAUAGCACAGCCACAAUUGCCAGGGAACUUCUCAUGAAUGGAACAUCCCCAACUGCCGAAGCCAUAGGUCUAAAAGGAAUAUCUCCUGCUUCCCCCUGUUCUACAGUGCAGCCUUCAAAACAGCUGGAAUAUUUGGCAAGGAUUCAAGGCUUUCAGGUACACUACAGUGAUAGACAAAAUGGCAAAGAGUGUAUGACCUGUUUGACACUGUCUCCUGUGCAGAUGACUUUCCAAGGUAUCGGAAGCUCCAUUGAAGCCAGCCAUGACCAGCCUCAUACAGGACAAGAAGCAGGUGCCUGGCAGCUUUCCUUCCUUCCUGCCUUCUUUGCACCCUGGUUUUCCUGGGAUAUCACCCCUGUAGAUGGGCCAGGGAGGAGUCACCAAGGCAGCGUUAAGUGCCUUGAAACAGUUUUCAGAACAAGGACUGGAUCCAGUGGAAGGAGCUAUGAAAGUUGAGAACGGAUCACAUGAAAAACAAGUCAAGCAUCUGGGAGAGAAAGCAGACAAUAAACAGACUAACUCAGGCACCAUUGCUCAGGACUGCAAGGAUUCAAAGGCUGUCGUCUAGGAGCUUCCCAGCACCCACGGCUGCCACUGCAUCCUUAUAAACCUGUCAACACGCAAUAGGGUGUAUGUGUACAAGGAAAUGAAUGACUAAUACCAUUAUUUGAGUCUUAUGUGAAGACAACACUAUUCUAACACAAGAGAUAGAAUACAUGGUACUGUUUAUUCAACUGUGGAAAAAAAUAAAAUUGAACAUUUCCCUUAGAACUCGAGAUCAGAGCAUAACUCAAUUGCCCAGAGGCAGAAGAAGUCUGAUCGUGUUACUGGAGGUUAAAAUAACAAUGAAUUAACAAAAAGUGUUAGUAAAAAAAAAAAAAAACCAAAAAAAAACAACACGGGAAACUCUACAAUUGAUUAGUAUUGAGGAAAACAAGUCAGCAUUGGUUCAGUUAUACAAUUUUUUGUAGUGUAGUUUUAAGUUCAGCUUACUGUUUUUUAAAUAAUGCUUGAAUAUUUUAAAAUUAACCAAUGACAGUGCUGUGAGAAUUGUAGUUGUUGUCUUCAUAUAUAGUCAUACAGCUUAUCUUUUUAUGCAGACAUUAUGCAUUCUUCAUUCUAUAUGAAUAUGUAUGACUUUAAGAUGCACUACUCAGAGUUGUAUGCAAACAGAAGUUUAAGUCUUGACAAGUAUUUGCUUAACAUGAACAGAUGUUAGUUAUGAUCAUUUUCUAUAUACUCCAGGAAGAAAACAAAUAUGGUAUUUGAUUUUCCUUGCCAUAAUCAAUUAAAGAGGCGUCUUGCCUCCAAGCAACAUUUUCCCCUUCAAUUCUGCUCUCUGUUGUGUGAAGCACAUCUACACCCCAUUCUGUGUGUUGUAUCAACCCACUGUUUGCAUCAACUGAGUGUUUUUAAUCUCUGCAUUCGGACCAAGAGCAAAAGGGAGGACUGCAAUGUUAUCAAGCCAAGGGUGGAAACUGUUGAUGUAAAGAUCAUUCUUUUGUGAAAGGAGUGGCAGCAGAGAUAAGACCUGUGGCUGCUCUGUACCAGCAUAUUUCUUUUAAGUAUGUGGCCAAAUGCAGUAAAACCACAUCAGUUCAUGUGUACAAUGACAGUGUCUUCUCUUUCUUUAUCACUCACAGUUAGACAACUAAGAGAAAAAAAGAAAAAGAAAACAAUUGAAAACUAACAAAUGACCGGCUACGACACUAGAGCCAGGUUUCAACCAAGCUGUCCCCAUGCCACCACUUUCUACAAACUCACUGUGUUAGACCAGACAUGCUGGUAUUUAGGUCACUUAUCUAUCCAAAAUACAGAUGAUUUUAUUUAAUGCAACAGAUAAAUCUUAACUGCAUAACAGCCUUGACAACAUUGCACAAGAUUGUAGAAGCACGAAAACCAGAGAUCACAACUCAGUGACUCACGCAGAAAAGCAGAGGAACAGCAAUGUGAGGAAGUGGUGCAAGGUACAGUGGCAUUGAUUCACCUCUGGGACGGGCUUUCAGGGGAACACGCAUCCUGCUCUCACAGAACCAGCGCUUGGAGUCCUUUUUUAAUACCUCAUGUUUCUCAUGGGUAUGAUUCACUCUCAGCGCCGGCAGAUAAGGAGCCUUUGUUCUAAAAGCUUGAAGUUUUCUAGGGUCUGACUCCAUAAAAGAGUCAGGAACAAGAUGAACCUUUCAGUUCCCACAGAUUUCCAGGGGCAUUUGGCACCUGGCAAACUCAAGUUAUUCAGGCAGCAACAUACAAAAAUAAUUAGCUCUUACAUACCAGCUUUCUCAGGGAUAUGUUACCUGCCUAAUUGGAAGCUGGAGCAGAAAUUCUGCUCCUCCAGCUCAUCAGACAGCUCAGAGAGCUCAGAAACAGCCUCAGUCUGCAUUUUAGCUGUACCUGCCAGUAUGCAGGAUACAGAUGCCAUUACUGUCUCCCCUCUUGGAGAGCAAGAACAAAAGAAGAGGCAGACCCAUUCCUCUGUCCUAAGGCAAGAUUCUGUGCUUACUGGGGAGAACGUGACAAGGAGACUGGCAAUACGGUCUCCCCUAGCAUUGACAGAACCUCUGUGGUGUGUUCCCUGUCCCAGUAAAUUUUAGAUUAGUUGCUUUAUUGCAGGUGGGCUCUGCAUUGAGCACCAGGCUUGCUCCAGUGCAUGUGGAGUGCAGCAAAGUGAUGCUCACCUCAGUGUCAAUGAUCAAAUUGCAACCAAAUGUGUGCAACCAACUGUCUAGGCCCAAGAGAGAUCAUUCAGCCUCUCCAACAGUAGGGAAAGAGUAUUUCUGUGAACCUCUUAUUUCAGAUUCUCUUGCUUGUCAGAACUAUGCUCGAUUCCGAUUCUGACAUAAAACAAGGAAAGUAACUGAUCUGGGGGGCUCACUCCUUUUUCUCAAAACUGUAGAAACAUGGAGCAGACUGGGUGAGGAGGGUGUUAGAGUAGCAGAAGUUCUAACUAUUGUCCAAAAGCAGUGUUGACUAAUGAUUGCUGUAAUUAAUAAGUUAGAAAGUCUGUAGCCUUUGGUCAAGUGCACACAGAUGGCAGUUUCAAAGCACCUCCAAAGUCACAGGUUAAAAGCUUCAUCACAGAGGCCCCAAUGAAGGCUGACAGAGCUUUUCCUGGAAUAUCUGAAGAAAGUGUUCCUCCUCCCUUCAGGUACCAACAGCAUCACAAAGACCUCUGUAUGGAGCUCAUCAAGAUACUGCACCUGAACACCACAGUGUCACUUUGGUGUCACUAAGGCAUUCCAAAGUUCCCGUGUCAGUGAAGAGAUUUCAGUCUGUUCCACCUGCAGCAUUUAUUUUCUCAAAGAAUAUCCUUCAGUAUUCACACACAUACACAGAAAUGCACUUUAGUUUGGCAUUAUCACUAGCAACUUCCCAAGAGCUUGAGCAAAAUUCUUGCGUCAGUGAUGUUGCAGCAGCCACUGGACUUGUCUUCAGUCUCAGUCUUGUUGGUUCACAGCUGUUCCUCUUAGUUCCUGAGCUGCCAAUAUCUGAAAGCUGCUGCGGAGGAAUUCAGUCUGAUAAUCUAAAAAUGAUUAUAUUUUUCUUGAGUAACUUCUUAUUUUUUUCUUUUUUUUUUUGUUCUUUCUAAAAUAAGUACAUGUUGAACUGAACAGAUUUUAUAUUUAGUUUUUUAAAUAAUGAUGGACACUGAAAGACUAUCAAUAUGUUUGAAUGUUACUAUUAAUUCUAAAAAGGUUGUUUCUCUGACAGAAGUCAGUAUUUUUUAUUUAUUUUUAUUUUUUAGAUGAUACAUUCUUUAAGGUAUAUAUUUUGUCCAACUUAUGUUUGCAAAGCACCAGGUACAGUUUAGUUCCUCAUUGCACACACACACCACACAUCUCAUCCUAUGUCUCAGAGCACUUUCAAAGAUGAGCAAAUGCCAAGUUUUACAGAAGUGGAUAUAAGGUGCAAGCUGGUCCUUAGGAAUAAGGCAGGAAUAAGGAAUAAAGCCUAAAAUAGCCAUUUGCCUGUCUGGCAGUCUACAGUGUUCUCAACACUUUAAGAACUCAGAACACAAACUGUCAUCAGUUUUGAACCUAUAUAACUUAUUAAUCAGGAGGAAUCAUGCUAAAGAGAAAAUAGGUCACUUAGGUAUCCUCUCAAAAAUCUUUUCAACACCUUCCAAGGGUCAGCUAACUAAGACCCUGCCCAGGGAAAGGCUCAUCACCGAGAGAAUGGGGUGUCUGACAUGGCUCAAAGGACAGGAAUACACAUGGUUAAUCUUAUAUCUGAGUUAUCAUCUUCGGUGGAGCACUGCCCUGUCAACAGCUCAGCACACUCUGGCAGUCUCUGUUCUCACAUUGUCACAUGUAGCACUGGUCUCCAAAGGGACAGAUGUGCUGCUUCUGACAAAUACAAAACACAGCAGCAUAGGGGCCGCAGAGCUGCGGAACAGCGUGCAGAUUUCUGCUCCCAGACAUCCCAGCGUUCCCCCUCCAUUCACAGUGGAGCUGAAUUUACCCUUCAGCUAGAGUCCUCAUUGAAUUCAAGAGAUAAUUAAGCUGGCAUUUAAUUUCCUCUGAUGGAAGUCAUAGUCAUAGGAUUUAAAAUAUUUAGUACUUAUCAGCAGCAUUUUUAAAGAGUCUUUGAAUAAGACUAGAGAGGAACCUUAGGAGCAGGGGAGUAGCUGGGAUGAAUGACUGCAGGAAUAUGGAAUCUCCUCCUCCUUGGCCUGAAGUGACAAUGAAAUCUAAUCCUUCCUAAAGUGUAUGCAAAGCCCUUGAUCUCUCUGACAGUGCUUUACUACAUGCAUUUUAUUGGUGGGUGGCUGCUUGUUAUUGCUCUCAUCUUUCUGGCCUGCUCCAAUUCCCCAUGAAACAGCAGAAAGUUUCCCAUUUCCUGCAGUGAGAGUUGAGCAAAAAUUGUAAGUUGGAUUUAUUUUCCAGUUAAUAGGCUGAGGGCUGGGUUUUUGUUUGCUUGUUUCGAAACACUAAGCAAAAAAAAUGUGCUUGGUAAAAUCUUUAUAUCCUCUCCCAGUCAAAUCCAGCAUGCCCCACUCUCAGCUGCAUCCUAUAAACAGGUGUUUGUUAUUUUCUUUGCUCAAAUAAGAAUGGCCUUUGCAACUCCUGAGAAAACUGAGCAGAGGGUGAGAGGUGAUUUUUAAUGAUGAUAAAGACAGGGACUGUAUCAGAACCCUGAAUGCAACAUGGAAUGAUGAUUUUGUGCACUUUGGGGGGACGUGAUUCUGUGACCGGUGUGAAUGGAUGAUGGCUAUCUUCUGCCAGCCUUCUGGCUUAAACAUGGCAAGUUAUCUCCUCUGGGCAACAGUGUUCAGCUUAUAUAUUUGGCAUAGCUCCCCUAGGACACCUCCAGAAGAGCUGCAAGGAGAGAAGCAUGCCCUGAGUAACAGCUUGCUCUGCCUUUCCCUCCCCUUGGCCCAUGAUCCCUAAGCCGAAGGUGUGAGGUACUGUCGAGAUGAGACACAGGGAAAUGCUGCUUCCCCUCUGGGUAUUUACCUCUCCUGCAGUCCCUUGCUGUUUGUAACUGCAUUCCUGAGGCGUGAUAGGAGCUGAGCAAGUGUGUACAUCGGUAGAUGAGACGUGUAUGAAGUGUUUUGGUGGUAUGAUUUCUAUUAUUCCACAUGAGCAGCACUGACUUUUGUUUUUGAUCGUACAGCUUGUUAUUUGCUUUAUGCAGUUAGUCAUGGUUGGCUGUGCACUUUUGUGCUUGGUACUUUAACUCCAUAGCACUUCAGUACAAAGGAAAUUUAUAAAACAACAAUGAAAAUGUUUCUAAUCUGUUCUUAAUUAAGUAGACCUCAAUAAUAGAUUUAUGAGAAGAAGGAAAGCUAAACAAAGUGGUUGCUAACAUAGAAAUAUCACUUAUUUAAGGCCCAGAUUUUCCUUUAUUUGUGAUAGCCAGGAUCUAGGAGAGCUUGAAUACCUAUGAAGUUUUACCUAAAAAUACACAAUAAAUGAGAAAAAAAUUACCCUGGAUAAA